GUACUUGGGUGUAAAAGUAUAAAGAGAGUGCGCGGAUACGACCGUGACUGCUACACCUGGGGACAUCUUCUCCUUUCUUUCUUAUUUUCUUCCCUUAUUUUUGGUUGAAAUCCCCAUCCUAUUGUCCUGCUGCCCUUUCCUUUUAAAAAGAGAGAGAGAGCGAAAAACGGAAAAACCAACAUAAGCAAACAAACACACAAGGCAUACAGACUUUUGGAGCUAUGGGGGGAGAGACGGCUAAACUAGGCAUUCUACCUGUACGACCUUGGCCAAGGUGAAUAGUAGAUAUGGAAAUGAAAAAGAAAAUAAAGACUAGAACUCUCGAACUGGUUGCCAAGACGUUCGUCUAUACCGCACUGUGGGCACACUGAUACACCUUUCCUUUGUUGGCAUUUAGACCUAAUUCCUCAAUCUACUAGUUCAGGUUUUUCAUUUGGUCCGGCAUUUGGGGUUGUUAUGUAACACAUUGGGCGGCUGCUAUCGAGGGUUUACGCUGUUUACUUUUGCGCAUGUCAACUUUUCGCGUUUGUAAGCCGCAAGAUUUGACAGUUCCUAUUCACCUGACUUUAGAAUUCCGGAGGAAACAUAAUUCGAAUCACUUUUAAGGGUUCUGUCUCAAAAGUGUAUGACCCGAAUAUGUUUGGGCUAUUUCUUCGUUAUUAAGUAACGGCGGGUUUUUACUUUUUUUUCGCAAUCCGGUACAAGCCAGUUCAAUCUGGACGUCCCGGCGCCGGAUUUUUCUUCGCGCGGGUGGGAAAUCAAUCGAUUAUUGCUGGAUUAUACAGCUGCUAAGCUUAUGAAUAUAUAGAUAUGUUUUUGUUGUAUUUCUGGCGUCAUCACGACGCAGGUGGAAGAAGCAAUGUCGCAUUGCGACCGGAUCGAAGCUCACAACUUUGCGUGUAAAACUUACGAGACGAUGUCGUUUCGCUCUCACUUGCUCCCAACGACGAUUCCCAAGAAAAAAUUGAUUUAAUGAGUCCCAGUUUUAUCGUUGAUCACGAUUCAGCGUGACUCAUGUGACGCAGAAAUAUUUCCUGGCUAUACUCAUGUCAAGUUCUCUACUGAUGUCUUCGUUGCAUAAAUUAUUAUUAUUUCAAACCAGCUCGCUAGUACAUUACACCUGCGUGGAACGGGCCCCCCCUUUCCGAAUCGUUCACUUUCGUGUGUCGGAAUUUUUCAUCCGAAACAUGAGUGACGUCACUUCAUUCGGUGUCAAACUAAGACUGAUGGUAUGUUUCUUAAAAAAACUGAUGAUUAUGUAGUCAGAUGACAAGAAAUGCAACCUCUUGAACGGGAAUCUAUUUAAUGACAGGCGGUGAACGAGCGGCGUUUUGAUUCAAACUGAAUUAAAUUCAAGCGCGCGUGAUCGAACUUGCUCUAGUGAUUUUUUUAAUUAAAACAUUAGAUCGUGUGUAUAGUGAUGAAUUCCGUUUUUCUAUUUUCCCGGUCGAUCAUCGUUCUUUUUAUUUAAAUUUUUUGAGGAGGAAAAGGAAGGAAGGAAAAGGAUUCACGUAGUAGCACACAAAAACACCGCUAUAGUUUGGGUCAAGGUAAAUUCUGAUCCCGAACGGCUGGCGGCCAGCUCCCGACACGCUAACCAUAGAUUUUGGGUUCCAAAUUUCUGGUUCCAUUCAAGGCCAAAGAUCCAAAACUUUUUGCGCAAUCUUUUAUACAAGUCCCACUUACAACUUUUCCUCAACUUCCGCAAGUUUCUUAUAAUAGUAAAGGCUACAUUUAUCACUGGGCGAUGUAGAAUACGAUGAGUGGAAUACCCUGAAAAUAUUGUGGUUCACCUUGAGAUUUUAAUUGUUUUCGUCACGCGAGCAACAACGCAAUAGUCCGAAUAAGGAGACAGAAAAAACAGGAACAGCGCAUAUGUCGGACUGUCCUACUUUAUGACACAGUAAUACACAAUCGGUCAGUACAAGUCGAAAUCGGAAUGGCCAGCAGGGGCUCGGAAUUGUUACCAAUCCGCAAGCCACUAACCCAUUCUCAUUCGUGGGAACUUGCCAUUCUCAUUUCGGCUUGUUCGACUAUGGCAAACCGUAGCAAUCAUUUUCCAGUAUAGGCUAUUCCAUCAUGGAAACCCAUUCUAUUUCAGAUUCUUGGUAUGUCUAAUAGCACGUCAUUAUUCAUGGCUCUAUUCAGAUACAUGUAUGUUUGACCAUUGAUUUGGAUUAUACAUUGCGGUUAGCAUUUUCACGUGAUAGAUGUUGCAGAUAAUAGAGCAUAUACCGGUGCAAACUAGAAACUGUUGGAGGAAUGAGGAGGAUGCGCUACUUUCUAAAAAGUUCCAUCAUGAAAUUGCGUCCUUUUUGUUUGCAUCAGCAGAAAAAUUCAAGGAUAUGGCUAUAAGUAAUUUUCUAGACCGCGUAGCAAAUUUUGGUGCCCAUAGAAUUUCUCUAUCAACAAAAUCCUUGAUGUGCCAUUUACAGGAUAUAGCAUUGAGAUUCCUUCAACUCUAUAGACAUGUUAGGCCUAUAUGUAUACAGCUGCCCUCAAAAUUGAUUUCCUCAUUUCACUCUCUUUGAUUUGGAAUAUUUGAAUUGAAUGAGAACGUCCUCGACAUCAAACAACAAGAUGUUGCAGGCAAAUCAUUUCCAUAAUGAUAAUCGAAAAUACUUUCGGUAUGGGAAAAACCAGUUUUUUUUCCUCAGUUUAUGCGUAUAGUGUAGGUCACCUAUUAUUACCAUACUAUGCCAUCUCACGGGAGCAAAGCUUAACGUGGAACCAAUUUCACAGGUGCUUUUUUCUUUUCGAUUAUAGUAACGUUAAAAAAUAAAUAAAUUCCUUAUUAUAUUUCUUUAAUGUUGUGACAUCUUUGUUACAUUCUUGUUUGGUAAUACGAUUCUUAUCAUGUCACAACUUUGACGAUUUCUAAGUUAAAUUUUUAAUAGCAAACCUGACAUCAUUAUAAGAAGUCUGGUCCAACAUCUGUGUGAUAACGAGUUUUGAGUAUCUAUUCAAUGACACAAAUGAUUUCUAUCAUUAAAGCAGGUUGUAACAAGUUUAAGCUAGUCCGUCAUGCGUGGGAGUUAUUUUUACACUUUUAGCGCGUUUCACGAUAUUAAAUAUUUCGAGCGUGUUUUCCGUCUAACUACUUUACCACGUAAAGUGUCUUGUUAAAAAGAUCGAAGGAUUUGAUUAAAACACCCAUCGUAAAAUGCCUGUCCAAAUGAGCUUGAGGUUUACCAUCAAUCAAGGCUUUUGCGGCUUCUGUUGAGCCAUCCGUGUAGUUCUAGAUGGUGUGGUGCUUUUCAAAAGGCUGUGGCAUCCAUCAUUCAGUGGGUUUGAAAGGAAGUGGGCAGCACUCAAAGCACGUGUUCGAAAUAACAGGGAGACCGACAAUUUCCGACACCGCCGGGGAAAAAUCUGAAUUCCAGUUGGCAUUAGUAUUUCAGACACUCGGAAUCGCUGGUCGACUCUUUUAUCUCUGAGUGGAGAAUAUUAUACUCGCAUCGGAAAUUAUUUGGAUUAAUUGUGUUUUUCUAUCGAGAAUAAUUCAUCUCUUCGCUUCACGCUGGGGGAAAAUUAUUGUCGGAUUGAUGUCUAGACGGCGGUCGCAGAAUCUACCCGAGAUUCGCCAGUAAAAUCAAUAAAAUGGGAAAAGACGAAUCGAUCAAAGACGAUUACGGAUUCACGAGAAAUUCCACUCCGACAACAAAUCCCUCUCGAGAGGAGUCUCCUACUUAUUCCAACUACGGAAGAUCACCUCCCGAUCAACGAAGGUUCGCUAUUGCUCUUUCAGAACUGCCGGCGCUCAAUUUCUACAACCCUUUGUUAAACAACCCUUCGUCAUCCGAGUACAUCGCUAGCGUUCGAUCCAGUAUACGCUCCAUCGACGAAAUUGCUUCCGCUCAUUUGAGCAUGCACCCUAGACUGGCGAGUGAUGGCACGAUCGGCUCCACCAAUCUGACAUCCGCCAGCAUGCAGAUGCCAUACUGGAGCCAACAUUCCGUGAAGAGCGUCGACAGUAGCCGUGCCAGCGAAACGAACCCAAAAUCUUCAGUGACGUUUUCAUCUAAUUUCGUCAGCUGUCGACAAGCAGCCAAAUCGAUUUUGGGAUUCUGUAUCUGCAUGUGGUCGGUUCUCUUUCUCGGAGUCACUAUCGCCACCGUAAUUUAUUUCACUGGGAAAGGAGGCACGAUCUUUCAACCUCCGCAGGCUCCAGCAGCCAACAUAAUUUACGGAGAAUUCCACGUAUUCAAUCAUUCAAUUCUGUUCGAGACCUUUGACGGGAGUUCAGUUAAUACGACAUUGUUUAAAGAUCUCACAAACGAGUUACAGCAAAAAAUGGAUCGCUCGUUUCAGUCAUCACCGCUCCUCUCGGCAUUGUACAAUCGUUCCGCCAUCUUUGGGGUCGUUCCCAACAUCAGUUUGAAAAAUCCUUUGAUCCGAAUUCAAUUUCAGAUCCACCUAAAUCACGCGGAUGUCAUGGUCGCCGAGAAAAUGGCACAUGCUUUCACCAGCGAUCUCCACCGGAAGGAAGGACAUUACGGCCACACGUCUGAGAAUUGGUCAAUUAAUUUGACUACAGUCAAAUUUGCAGAAAUCGUACCGACAAGUGUCAAACAUCUGGUACCACCGCACAAAGUUUUAGCUAGUUGGGGACAAUGGACACAGUGGACGCCCGAAUGUUACUCAGAAACGUCUUGCGACCCUAUGCGGAUGCAAUCACGUAACCGUCGGUGUUUGUUACGGGACAAGCGACCCGACGAGCCUAUUGAGUCGACUGCCAACCUGCCAAACAACGUCAACACACCUUGCAUUGCCGGAUCGACUGUGUCAGCUGCGGACAUUGAGAUCCGACCGUGCAGUUGUGCUGCCACCCGAUUCCGAACGCCCCGACCGCGAAUCUCUUUCAGUGUCAUUCGACCGACAAAGGCGGGGCAAACACAUUUCCGAUUUAGUAACACGUCAAUAGCCACAUUCGAUCAAUUGUGCAGUCAAUGUCGAUCGGGAGAAGUCUGCGUCGCCCGAUUAGAAGAAAUCGUUCCGGUUUGCCGAUGGGCUCCCAACCCGGAAGAUCCGAGCGGUUGCGGAGGUUUUUGUCGUGCAUACACCGAGUCCUGCCUUCCCCUCGGAUCUAAUUCAUUCAAGUGUGAAGGAGUGUCGGAAUGUUUGACCGAUAUCGAGUGGCGUUGCGGCGAUGGAUUUUGCAUCCACAACUCAAAGCGUUGCGAUAGGGACUACAACUGUUUCGAUCAUAGUGACGAACUGGACUGUGAAACGACAAAUUAAGCGGGGAAACCAAAUCACUUCAAAGGCGCCUUUGUUAAAUUAUUUGAAUCGAACACAUAAUCGAGAAAAGCAUACUGCAUAGAUAUUCCCUUCAUAUGUAUCUUUAUAAUGCCUGCUGUGGCGAAACGUACAUAACGAAUCCAUUUUGUCGUUCAUAAGCCUUGUACCUUCCAAUUUCAAACUUUAAUGGAUGUCUGGGGUAUAAACUGGAAAUCUCAAUAUACUUUUUUUAUGUGUGAUGAACGGACCGUAAAAAUUAAUAAUUCCCGUUGACAUUUCAUUAUCGAUUGUAUUUUAAUGCCAAAUCAAGUUUACUGACCCAACUGAAUAAUUGAAUAUUUCUGCACUACUGCCCAAGUAAAAUCGAUUCCACCAUGCAGGAAAUGGCUCAAAUACGAAAAUAAACUACUAGAACGAGAGUCUGGGAAGUUUGAUAAGA